AUGGAGGGAAGCAGAUCAGAUAAUUCUGCAGCCGAGGCAAGUGAGGAAAUAAUUUAUACUUCUGUCAAAUUCUCUCCUACUCCACCACCAAGGGCCAAAUCUGCAUGGGAAAAAAGAGCUCCCUGUCAGUGGCCAGCAGUUAUGCCAGGCUUGGCUAUAGGCUUUGGGAUACUGAGCAUCUCUCUAACAAUUGCUUUGAUUUGGAAGAUGAGUGACUCCCACCCACACUGCCCUCAGCAGUGGGUGGCCUACAGAGGGAGCUGCUACUCCUUCUCCAAGGAGAAGAAGGACUGGAAUUCCAGUCAGCAAUCCUGCCAGGCACAGGGAGCUCAUCUCCUGGUGAUCAGUGAUGACAGCGAAAUGGACCUGUUCAAGAGUAUUAAGACAGAAUGUUUCUGGAUUGGACUGAAGAACAGCACAGGCUCUGUCUGGAUUUGGGAAGAUGGCUCUAUACUCAGUGGUACCAAGAUUUCCUCUAACAGCCCUGUGCAACACUGUGCUGUCCUGAUGAAAGACAUCUUUCGGGCCUCCAGCUGUGAACAUAACGCUCCAUGGAUCUGUGAGAAAUCUCUUAGAUAA